CUGGAGGGAUGGCGAGUUUGUUGCAGUUACAACAUUUUCGAUUGCGUUUUAAUUAGAUUUCGGGACAAAGUGAACAAUAAUUAAUGUUUUAAAUUACUUAUAAUACGAUUUCAUAAUGUUAGUGUAAAAUACCCCAUUUCUACCACAUACAAGUGUGGAGAAAAUGCGGUGGUAAUGGAAUCGUUUGAAGACUCAAAUUGCCGUUCUAUGAGUGAUAGUUUUUCUUUGUAUGAGCGUUACAUGAGAAGUUUCAACGUAGUGGAUACUUUCCGUGAACAAAUCGAACCUGAUCCAGUUUCAUUAUUAAGUAACUGUGACUACGAAAAUCCAAGCAUUGGAGGUAACAUAGACUUGUCAGCUGCUGUCCAAAAGAAUAUUAAAGAGGAUAGUAAACAUUACGAAACCGCCCAAGUUGACUGUGUUUCUUUGGGUCUGAAUGAAAAUACUGCAGAGAAGGGUAGUUUGAUAGCAGAUAUUAGCAAAAUUGGCUCUCCUUGCACUUCGUUGAAUGAAAGCUCUUCCUUUACGGUGGACCACAACCUCACCGACAAAUCUGACCCGGCCGACGUCCCCGUAUCUUCGGAUGAAUUUAAAUCCAGCUGUUUUAAACAGCAAAUUUUCAUAACCUCUACUAUGGAAAACAGUAACAAUGCAGUUGACAUGCUUCGUGACGUAAGACAUUCCGAAAGCGUCUUCAAAUUGCCGAUCAGCGAAUUGUCAUUUAACGGCACCAUAAAACAUGUGCAGAAGCUGAAGCCCAUUGUUGACCCUAUUACUGCUCUCACUGCUAAUGCUGGGCUGGUUCUAGAUGACAAAUCUCAAGAAUCAGAUAGUUCGAACACAAGUGAAAACAUUGGCAAUGCUUUUGAAGAGAGGAGCUGCCACACGCCUGCUGCUAGUGACAUAUCUGAUGAAAGGAGUACUAAAGGUACUGAGAGCACUGGAGAUUCACGGUUUGAAGAUUUCUCCAGAAAAGAGAGUCUAUUUCCGAGGCCAGAAGAUAAAAGUACAAAAUGGAGUAAUGACCAAAGUUACUCUUCAUUAGAAGCCUCGUUUGAUAGUGGUGUGCGUUCCCCGGAUAUGUUCUGUUCAGAUGAUGAAGAUGCCCAAGCAAGUGCAGCACCUGAACCAUUUUGGAGCUUUUUGAAGAACCAUGAACAGCAUGAUAAGAAGAAGGUUAAGAAAAUGGAGGAAAAGCUCCAAGGGAUUCUACCACCGCCAUCAGUCACAACUCUACACAUGGAUGUCACAGAGAUGCUUAAGAAAUACUACUGUUUCUUGCCAGCAUUUAACAAUGAGGUUAAAGUUGAGCCUGAACCCAUUAUCCCCGUUACUCCUACUAAGCGAGUGUCCUUUGUAGAAAUACCAGCAGUAUCUCAAGAAUCGAGAGAGGAAACUGCAAUGUCAUCUAGACGAGAGGAUAAGCUUGAGUAUGAAUUAGACACUAGUGUGAAUGACAAGAGUAUUGUGCUCGAGAUGUGCAGUGAAGGUGAAGCUAAGGAAACAGCAUGGCCUAACUUGUUGAAAUGCAGGCAUUAUGAUGUGUAUUACAAUGUGACAACCUACUCCGAGAGGAUGGAAAUGCUGGCCCUGCGCUACGGUGAGAGAUAUGUUGGUGCAGAGACUGAAACCAGUGUCAAUGUCUACUCCGGAGGAAACCAGUCACCUAGCAGUGCACAUAAGAGGAAGGCACUUCGCCUCAAGAUGGCACAAGCAAAGUCACCAGGCAGACGUUUAUCGCAUUUGGCUCGCCGACGGCAAGCAUUUUGCAGUGCUGCUACAAUCAAUGAAAAGGCCCAAGCAGGCACUGCUAAAAUGGUCCUCAUUGAUAAAAACUAUUUCCCACACAGGAAGCUUAUAAACUCUGCUGAAAGGAAAAGUCCCCGCCUUAGACGCACACCGGGCAAGAAAACCCCCAGCCGCAAGACCCCAGGCAAAAAGACUCCCGCCAAAACCCCAAAGACUAGAAGUGGAGGCUCUAGCCGCAAGAAGAUAAUGAGAAGAUUACUUAUGGAUUCUGACAGUAUGACGAGAUCACAGCCAACACGGGAGACUCUAAAAAGAGCUUUAUUUGUCAGUCCGGAGAACAGAAAAUCGAUACCAAGCACCGCUAGCACAUCAGUGCCUCUUCAAGCUAUGAAGUCCAAGAGAGCUCUGUUCUCAUCCCCCGACAGGUCAGCGGAAACAAAAAGCGCUGAUGGAACUCAGAGCGAUCAUUUCCUAAAGCGUAAACUUGAUGCAUUGGAUCAGCAGCCAGAAAGCAGUAGAAGUAAGAUAGCGAAGAGCCUGUCGUUCGGCGGGGACACGAUCGGGAGCAUGCCUCCGCAUAUCAUGAAUCGACGGGCGUCUGAAGUGUUUACUAGACGCAAUUCUGUGGAGUUAAAUGAAACUCAUAAGAAGAAACUCCUAUGGGCGGUGUCAGAGGCGCUCCGUGUGCACGGGUGGCGCAUGUCCUCCGCCGGCUUCCGCGAGAAGGCUGAGGCGUUGGCGCGGCUCACUCGCCGGCUGCUGACGCUGCCGCCUCACGCCGCCAAGUUUGCUUCGCCCAAGCUGUCCACCUCAGAAACCAUGCUCAAACUCGCUCGCCAAUACGUGUUCGCGAUUAUCCAAGGCCGCAGCAUCGAGGAUUGUUUUCAAGAAGAACAAAUGAAGCUAGCCAACGACGGUAACAGUAAACUCUCCGGUUACAUAUCCGCCAACGCCUACCAACAGUUCAAGGCAAGACAGGCCGCACCUAGUACAUUAACAUCACAAAUUAAAGAGAACUGCAAUGGUUCCUUCAAACAGGAUCAACCAAGGAGCGGCUCCAAAAAUGUCCUCCAAGACAAACUUAUCAAUGUAGAUUCUAGCUCCAAUAGCAGCAGUGGUUUUAGCAUGCUGGACAAAUCAGGCCUCUACAAAUCAAAUUCAAUGCCUUCAUUCGAAGAAGCAGCUAAAAUGAGAGCGCGCAGGCAAAUUAGUUUUGACAAUCUCGAUUUUCCUAAAAGGUGAUGUGUUUGUAAGAACUUUUAAUUGUUAAGGUACUGACUGAUUUCGAUAAAAUGUUUGCUUUUGAGAUAUUAUUUUAACAGUUUAAGUACGCAAUGACACAUAGAAUAUCUGGUUUAUGAAAUGACUGCUUAUUGAAGUUAUUAGUCCUAAUUACCUCGCUGGACUCCUCUCCUCAGAUGGUUGAGUAAAGGGAAUAGUAAGUGUUAAAUUGCCUCUCUGUAGUCUUAGGGUCGGUUGCACCAAACCCUCUGUCACCGUUAAAGUGUUCGCAAAAUUUUAUCGUAUGGGAAGUUUCAUAGUUGACUGCUGAGUGACGUUGAUCAGUUCGCUAAAAUUGGUUGGUGCAACUGGCCCUUAACCUUUUAUCUAACAGGGUAAUUCGUUAUUGUUGCAAGAGAUCAAAACUCCCAUUGUUGCUUAUGGCGACUUAUGCCCGGCCACGACUCCGGUCGGCGGCGGCAGCGGAGUCUGCUCUAAGCGGGAGCGAGACAGCGAUCUGACCUUUCGCUCCCACCUAAAGUCGCCGCUCGCCACGGCGCGAAGUCGUGGACGGGCCGUUGAAGUCGCGUGCGCAGGUUUUUCAUUUAAAUAUAUUUACUGUAAUUGUGACGUACAGCACUGGACAACAAGAGUCAUACACUUGCACGAAAAUGAAAGUUUCUAUGUGUACUACUUUAUGAAUUCCGCUAUAUACCUUAUGCCUUAGGAAAAUUUGUACCACAUUUUCAUGUUCUUAUACAUACUUAUAAUGAAAUUUCAAUGAAUUUUGAAAUUUUCAAGUUUGAUCAAAAUUAUUUAUCUAAACGUAAUUAUCUAAAGCACUUCAUUUUGCUCUGGACAAAUUAAAUCAUACAGCACAAUCGCAUAUUAAACUUAGUCAUAUAUUUUGUGUGGCCUCCUUUUGCGCUCAACACUACUGCUAAUCUGCUAAUAAAUGGUUAAACCAUUUUCUCUGAACCUGCGAGGGCUAGCUCGAGAACUGACCUUAAGAUCCGUCAUUUCCCUAACAACUCUCAAUGAUAUUUUUGGAUUUAACUUCACGCAUCGAACAAUAAGCAUCAUCCCAUUGAUUUGUUGAUCGCCUGCGACCGGCUUCAGGCAAGUUCGCCACAGUUUCCUGUUUUUAAUGUUUUUUUCGAAUGUACUGUGCUCCAACCGAGAUUGAAUAUUUUAGGGCAAUUUUUCGAGACGAAAUUUUCUUUUGCCUAUGACGACGUAUAACCAGAUUGCGAACAUCAAUGUAAAUCUGUUUUCCUGACAUCUUGAACGUGAAAAUGACUGAGAAUUGUCAAGAAUAAUACAAUGAGUCAUUUCAUUUAUUAUUAUUUCCACCCAGGUUAUUGUAUUGUAUAUUUUAUACAGCGUUCGUAUUAUUUAUUUUGUCCAGAGUAAAAUGAAAAAGUCAAAGUAAUCACGCUCUAGAAGCCAAGAUUAUGAUAAUCACUGAAAUAUGUUUGAAUACUAAUAUAUCUCAUUACAUGUACUAUAAGUUUUCUGUAUAUACCAACACGAGGCGAAGUUCACAAAAGAAGUUGUAUAAGAAAGUAUAUUUCUCGUGUAAGUGUAUGAUUCUUUUGUCCAGCACUGUAUAUCUGUGACAGUAAUGAUAUAAAGUAAUGCACAGGUGUACAGCGAGGGCUAAUUAAAUGUAUUCGUAUGAAUGUGCAACUUAGGAAAGGCUUUUUGCAUGGUCGGGAUUGUAGACCGGGGGGCCGAUUUUUAAAUUUCGACCGCUCGAUUUCGUGCAUUUUGUUCGAUAAUAUCCACUACUAGCAUAGACAUAGUAUAUACAAGGCACCUAGCGAUCGGGGGUAAGAGAAAGAAUAUUCAUAUUAAACCUCCCACCCACCCCUCCCACCCGCACCCGUCUGCACCCGUGGAUAAAACAUAGAGAAACCUGUAGUGUACAUAAUUUAACACCACAAUUUUAUUGUACCUAUGUUUUCACAAAUAAAAAUAUUCUGAUUCUGAUUCUAAAUUUGGGCAGCAUAGGUUUUCUCUCUUUUACUCUUAUUUAUAAAUUUCGGUAUAACGCCAUCGCCUCCUACCUUUGAUGCCAGCCGGUCGGUGAUAAGGACAAAGCAUGGCACUAUUUUCUCUUUCCUCUUAUAGGAAUCGCAAUAAGACUAUCUUUCUCUAUCAAAGAGUGUCAGGCCCUUCACUACUAGGCAUUUGAAUUCUACUCAUAUAAUUGAAAACGAGUGGUCAAUACCACUAGAUUGUAAAUUUCUUCCGUAUCGCUCGUAUUUCAAAAAUUAGCAUUUCGCCGUUUUCCACCGAUUUUCGAGUGACGAAAUACGGAAUCGAGCGAUCGAAAUUCCAUUGCCCCUCAGGUGGAAUUAAUAUAUUAAUGAUACAAUAUGGCAUAUCGUGUCGCCAUUUUCCUUAAGUUCUGUAAGCAAUUUUUAACAUUUCACUGGCAUUGUCAUUUAUUCGUGACAAUGUGUAUAACACAUACAUUUUAUAGUUUAAAUCGCGAUUAAUUGACUAUUUGCGUAAGUAUAAAAUCAAACAUUACAAGCAAGGUGCUCUGCACCUUUCAUUUGGAUUUAUAUAAUAUCAUCCAAAUAACGAAUUUAAAAAAAGUAAGAGUUAUUAAGCAAGGUGCAGGCACCUUUAUAGUCUAUGCUCUAUAGUCAAGUUUGCUUACGGAACCCUACUUAGUAGUAAUUCUUUAUUUCGUUUAUAAGUUUAAAGUGUUAUUUUACGUUUGACAGUGUUCGCGUCAUAUUAGUCAAGAUACGUACACUAUAGCUCCAUAUGUGUAGAUUAUGGGCAGGGUUAUUGGCAUAUAAGGCGGACCCCACUGCGGCGCACGCUACGCACGAAUGUAAGGCCACAUAGAUGAACCUAGUACUUACAAGUUAUUCAUUUGUUCUUUUCAGUCAUUAAAUAAAAAAAAUUGACCUCUUGACUGGAGGCUUAUGAAUGAGCCUAAAGAAGAGACGCUUUACACAUUUUCGUACAUAGACCCACCUAUUGCUAUUUCUAUUGCACGCGCAUAAUUAUAUAGCUGUCACGCUCGCACAGUGACAACCAGCAUCAUGGGCGGGACAGCUAUAUAAUUUACAACACACAUCGGAUGAGCCAACACAUAGGCACGACGCACACGCCAGCCUAAGCUGCCGGUCCCCUUCACUGCGGCCCCGAAACCUGGCCCCGCUCAAACGGUAUCACCAGGCUAGGGGUCGUGGGGUUGACGAUAACGGCCGACAGCGAUAAAGCUGGCCUACACCACAUCACACAGCCGUCCCCACAAUGACGGCGAAUGACCACCCCACAAGGUGGGGUGCGACAUGUCAGGUUCCACAACAGGGAUGCGGAAGAGCCCCCUCACUCUCUCCCAAAAGGGUGUCGAGAGAGAAACACUGACAGCUAUAUAAUCAUGCGCGUGCAAUAGAGAUAGCAAAAGGUGUGGCAAGCGUCUCUGCUUAGUGGGGCUUAGUUUUCAGGCCUUGUUGCCUAAUUAAAAAGCAUAAUAAUAAAAUCAUUAUAAUAAUCAUAAUCGGUGCUGUGGGCUGCCUUUACACUUCUAUUUGUUUACUUGCAUGUGACCAUAGACAAAAUAACGCUAUUCUACAUGUUUUUAUUACUGCUCAUAUUGUGCUUCCCAUUUUAUAGUUUUGCAGGUUAUUAUUUUUAUAAUUAACAAAUCGGUUGGUUCACCAAACCGGGCAAGAUCAUAUCGAAUGAAGUUGUGUUGUGUAUGCUGAUAUAUGGCACUCACACUAUCAUAGACGACAUUUGAUUGGUUAAUUUAUUAGCACCGUAUAUUUGAUCCGUGUAUCUCUCCCUGUCACUACCUAUAUGCAAGAGCGACAGAGAUAGAGACAGCUUUAAAUUGCAUUGGUAAAUCUCCCCGCGCUAUGUUUUGCAGGAGCUAUUCUUUAUUUAGCAAUUUAAUUAAGACCGUUUAUUGUGUUUUGUUACUAUUGCUGAGUACGAUCUCACAAUAUUUUAGAGUAAUAAAUUAUUUUUCUCUUA